AACUUUAAUUCUGGCUCUGCUUACAAAUGGCGGUUAGUCGUGUUGCAGUACUGAAUUUAUGUAAACAGUAUAGCAAAUUAAUAGUAUCAGACACGCGUACAAGUUUGAGAGCAGAUAAACUACAUGUUACUCUACAGUACAACAAAUUCUCUCCCCUCAACUGGAAUAUUUGGCGUUAUAGUCAUACGUUCCUUUCCAGAGUGACUGCUGAACAGUUAUGGAAAGGAGUUACCAGUGUCAGUCCUGCUGGUCGUAAGAAAGGAAGAGGAAAAUCUAGAAAAGUACCUCGUGAUCUAAACAGAGGACAGGUCAUAGGAUUUGGUAAAAAGAAUAUGUUAUGGCCUGGAUUGAAUGCGCCAGUUAUACAAGGUAGAGAAGUAUUAAAACAACAAGAAUUACCACCAGAUGAAGAGCGACAGAAGCGCAUCUUAGAGCUUCGUGACAAAUUUUCGAAACGCAAAUCAUAUAAAUUACAUCCACUUGAAAGAGGCUGGAGUGGAACCAAACUUGGUGGGCGAAGUCUUGGCCCUCCAGAUCCUGUAGGAGAGGAAACCUUUGAAGGCUUUGAUUCGAGAGUUUUAGAAUUUAAAACGGUUAUGCAUAUGUCGGGUCAGAGAGGACGAGUGAGAAAUUUUAGUGCCUUUGUUGUUGUGGGAAACAAAAAAGGUUUAGCAGGAUAUGGCCUGGCGAGAUCUGUGAAUGCUUCUACUGCUGCCAAUGCGGCUAAAAACAAAGCAGCCCAUGUCUUGCGUUAUAUUGAACUUGAUAACAAUACAGUUAUUCAUGACUUCUGUGGUGAAUUUGGUGCUGUUAGAGUUUUUGUUGAGAAAAGACCAGAAGGUAAUUUUUUUUAAUAUUACAUAUAGCGAAAAAUUGU